UAUAUAAAUUUGUACAAAAUAUAAUUACAUAUAUAAUACACCGACCCAAUGGACCAAUAAGUCACCUUUUACUUUUAGUUCAAUAUAAGUGUUCUAAUAUCACGUGUCAAUAUAUUUUAUUUGGUAUUUUAGUUUAAAACGGAUGUAAUUUUUGUUUACAUCACAACCAUUCAGGAAUUGAUAAAGUUUAUAAAACGUUGCAUCUUGAAAUCUUGAGGAGUUGGACAUCAUGUGUUCUAUUUCAAUCGCUAUAUAAUAAUAGUAUACUAACAUGCAUGACUAAAGUAUCUAGAUACAGCUUAACCAACGAGUGAUAUAUUAAGAGAUUAUGAACCUGAAGAGGACAUUUCACAUUAUUAGACGGACCCUGCACAUUGCGAGUAAAAUAAAGAAAUAUGAAGCUGUAGACACCAACAGUAUAACUUUCCAGAAAGUAAAAGUUGAUGAUUAUUACCAAGUGUUGUCUAUAAGAUCACCUGAAGAUGUUUAUGAGGGAUACGAUUACUUACCAGACCGCUUCCAUAAACUUAUUAGCAGUUCCUCAAUUGAAGGUUACGCAGCCUCUAUCGACAACAAAAUGGUUGCAUUCCAACUAGUAAAUCUUUUGGACGAUGGUCACACGGUCUUAAAGCAAGCUGGACGAGUGACUACAGAAUAUGAAGGAACAGGAAUAUACAACGCGCUUGAUACAUUUACACAACACAAGUAUAAUGUAUUGGGUAGACAAAGAACUUUCUCUUUUGACGCACACAACCAAACUUUGAUGAAACAUCUUUCUGCUAGAAAAAUGUACACAGUCAUGUCAAGAGAUGUAACAGCGUAUCAUGUAAAGUCUCACAGAGAAAUACUAAAAAACAACACAACUGGAACAAACAACGACAACACUAUAUUUCCUGUCCAUCUGAAGGAAGUCUUCAAAUCAGAGAAAACGAGUAGCGAACUUUUCCCGGAAGGUAGAAUGCUUUGUUUCUAUGUUCCAUAUAAACUAAAAGAUUCCAACAUACCACUGAUAUACUCUCAAGGAACGAAAGUUCUAGGAUCAGUUACUGAAGGCUCCCUGUUAGUGACAGCAGGGACAAGCUUCCAAUGUAACAAAGGACAUGUAUUUGUACUUGACGUAUACGGAACUUUAAACGAAACAUUUGUAAAGCACCUACUACAGCAUUUACGACAUGUGGACCUACGAUAUUUUAAUGAGCCAAUGGAAAUCAACGUACAUUGUAUGGAUUCUGGAAACCAGUAUAUAACUGAUGCUAUGAGCCAACUUGAUAUUCAAAAAGACGAAGGUUUCAGAGAUGUUCAUCAUGUAGCUACCGCUGAAAUGAAUGAGAAAUACUUAUUUCAGUGGUAUUAACGUACCCAUUACAGCUAAUUUCCUAAUGCAUGUAAAGCAAGUAUUUGGUUAGCUUGUUUGCUUUAUUUGUAUAAUGUACAAUUGUUUGUAUUUUGGAUAUAGUCCAAUUAAAUUUUGUAUAUGAUAUAUACAGGUUGAAAUAUGCCUAUAUACAUUGUUUAAAGAUGUCAAUGUUAAUUACAAAGUUAAAGCUAAAACUAAAGUUUAAAUAAACAGAGCAAGCAAGCCUACCAAAGUUUUACUCUACAAGCAGUAGGAAAUUAGCUGUAAAAGCGAACAGAGAUUAACUUAUUUUACUUAUUUGAAAUUAUUAAGAUCGGAAUUAAUAUAUGAUUGUCAAAUGAUGUAAACCAUAACCUGAAUAUCCAACUAAACUAUUUUCAUAUUGCUAUAUUAUAGUAUAACUAUGCAUCACUCCAAAAUGAUACUUUUGUUGAAAGAUAUGUAGCUAAUUGUAGCAAAAGAACCUUCAUGUAAGUUGUUGUAAAACUUGUCUUUUACUUGGAGAGAAAGAAAAAAAUGUAAAUGUAAAUGUUUUAGAACAAAGAUGUCAAAAAGGACUUUUCGUAGUCAAGUUACAAUUUUAUAUUUUUACUUUUGACAUAUUGCUUUUUUUAUUUUUGCUAUACACUGUGUAUUUCUAUUUUUACGUAAAACUAUGUAUAAAUAUGGUUAAAAGUCACUCCAAAGAAUAUUAAACGUUUAGCUCGUUCGCUACGCUCAUCCGCUAAAGAUUCACAUCACCACUGAUAUUUUACAAUAUAAAUGAGAAGAAAUUCCGAUAAUCUAUGUUUAUCUUUUACAAACUGAGGUAUCUUACAUGGUGACGAAGAAGGUCAACGGACUUAUUAACUAUUUUGUUAUUUUUGUUAUUUUUUUUUAUUAAUAGCGGCCACCAAUUACGCCUCAAUGUGAUAUUCAGAUUUGGGAGUCUUUACUGUUGGUUCCCCUACUUAGAACCAACCCCUGUAUCUGAGUAAAAACCAGGUUUAAUUGUUUUACUUAUAUUAUUUAACAUAUUUUUCUUAGUAUAAUUGCAUUUAUUUAUCAUUAUU